GGUAAGAGGUGCCUACUGGAGAUACGGGCAAGGGAGCCACGGGCCCACAUCCAGAUGCCACGUGUGCCAAAGAGCACUGGCUGCUCCCUCCCCAGAGCCCUCCUCUGAAUCAUCCAGCAGUCCCUCGCCAGGGUGCCAGCUCCCUCUGGGAAAGUGCCCCCCCAGCACCUCUCUGCUGCCCUUUCCACCCCCUCCUCCAAGAUCCAGCUUGGAGAACAGCCUUCGGCUGCACCUGCACAUCUUUCUCGGCAUGAGGCAGCUGCUCCAGACUCCCUCCGCUGCCCCCACCCCAUGCUCCUGGGCCAGGUGCUGCCCCACUCAUUGCUAGGUCCCCCCUUCUCCCAGGCCAGCAACGCACCCAUCCGCAGCAGCAGAGCCUUCCGCCCUCAUUUCCAGUGGCCACCAGGGGGUGGGAGAGAGCCCUCUCUGCCCAGGACCCGGAGUGGGAGUGGGAGGCCCCCGGCUGGAAGGGCCCCUUCAGGCAUCCCUGUGUUGGCAGCCAGCCAAUGUCACACCCAGUGGUGGCACCAAGGUGCAGCCAGGAGGACCUGCAUAUCUAUCUGCCCUUGUCAGCACCCACUUCCUCAUUUAUGGUUUCCACGUCAUGCUCUGUGAUAUACAAGCCCCAGGUUGACAUCUUCCCCACUGGCCCUGCCAGGAGCCAACCACCCCUCUGCCACACCCCCAGGGUGGCCCCUCUUCGGGGUGCAAGGAGCCGGGCAGUCGGCUGGGCCUAGAAGAAGGCAGCCCCCGCCGCCCAGGAGAAGCAACAGAAAGUACAAAGAAGGGGCAAUCCGUCAAGCCAGCUGCUGGCCCGGGGAUUCUCUGGAGGGAGCCAAGAAGCUACACCAUGAGGCUCCCCCUGAUCUGGAUACUGCUGCUUUUCCCAGCUGGGAUCCUUGCCCAGGGCUGCCCAGCCAACUGCCAGUGCAACCAGCCCCAGACGGUCUUCUGCAUCUCCAGGAGGAGCCCUGUUGUCCCACAGGGGUUGCCACCAGACACGGCCCAUCUGUACAUGUUUGAGAGCGGCAUCCGCUCCCUGAGCGAGGACAGCUUUGCAGGGCUCUCCACUCUCCAGCUGUUGGACCUCUCCCAGAACCUGAUCUCCAGCCUGCCACGCAAUGUCUUCCAGCCACUGCCAGGACUCUACAACCUCGACUUGUCUUCUAACCAGCUGCAGGAGAUCACCAACGAGAGCUUCCAUGGGCUGCACCUGCUGGAGCGACUCUACCUGGACCGCAACCGGAUCCAAGUCAUUCACCCGGCUGCCUUCGACUCACUGGAAAACCUCCUGGAAUUGAAGCUCCAGGACAACCAACUGCAGACGGUGCCACCUCUCAACCUGCCCACCCUCCUGCUGCUGGACAUCAGCCGGAACAAGAUCACUGCCCUUGAGGGGGGCACCUUCCAGGUCCAGAGCCUUGAGUCUCUGAAAAUCGCUGGGCUGGGCCUCAGCAGCUUGGAUGAAGAGCUCCUACAGGGCCUGCGCAAUCUCCACGAGCUAGACGUUUCAGACAACCUGCUGGCCAGGGUGCCUGGUGUCCUGAACCAGCUGCCUGGGCUAACCAAGCUCAGCCUGGCAGGGAAUGGUCUGAUCUCUCAGUUGCGGGCAGAGGACUUCCAGGAGCUCCAGCGCCUUCAGGAACUGGACGUCAGCAAUCUUAACCUCAACAGCCUCCCCUGGGACUUCUUCGGCUCCUUCCCCAAACUCAGGGCUGUCACCGCAGCGGAGAACCCCUUCAACUGUGUUUGCCAAAUGAGCUGGAUCGUCAGCGGGGCGAGCCUCAGCAAAGCCUUGCUCCGGAGGUCAGAGGAGACCCGCUGCCACUUCCCCCCCAAAAACGCAGGCAGGCUGCUUCAGCAGCUGGAGUACGCAGACUUUGGCUGCCCAACCACCACCACCAGCACCACCACCUUACGGGCAACCAGCCCCAAACUGGCCACCCCUAUUGCCAGCAGCAGGCCUGUUCCCCCAGAGCCAAGCACAGCCAGCCCCACCGCCAGGGAUGGCAGCCUCACGCCUACCCCAUCCCUUGCCCCGGAGCAUCAGCCAAGCCCUGAAGCCGAGCUCUGCCCACCGCACACCUGCCUUAACGGGGGCCUGUGCCAGCCAGGUCCCGACAGCCACCUGGAAUGCAUCUGCCCCCUGGGCUUCGCAGGCCUUUACUGUGAGGUGCCCAGGGGGCAGGUGACCUCUCCGCCAGAGCCCACCCGGGCCAAACAAAUAGCCAUCAAGCACGUGGGGGGCACCUCCUUGAAAGUGGACCUGCAGAACUACAUCCGGUCCAAGACUCAGCUGAAGGGGAUCCGCAUGACAUACUGGAACCUCUCGGGCCCGGACAGGCGGCCAGUCACCCUCAGCCUGCCAGCCACGUUGCCUGAAUACACGGUGCGGGCCUUGAAGCCCAAUUCCUCCUACCACAUCUGUGUUGGGGCCCUUGGCGACAAGGCCCACGAGGAGGACUUCUGCGUGGAGGCCCACACGCUGCACCUGACCCACCAGCAGCAUGCCCCCGUCAUCCAGAGCAGAGGUCCCAACCUCCCCGUGGUGGUGGCACCUUCCGUGGCUGCCGUGCUGCUCUUGCUGGGGGCGGCAGCCGCCGGCUCCUACUAUGGGCAGCGGCGCAGGCGGCAGAGGAAGGCCCAGGCUGCUCCCGGGGCCGCCGGCUCCAGUCCGUUGGAGCUGGAGGGGGUGAAGAUUUGCAGCGAGAAGGCGGAGCCGGCCGUGCAGAGUCCCAAGACCGCAGUGCCUGUGCCCAUCGGCUUGGAGUGCGAGGUGCCUCUCAUGCAGCCUCAUUAUACAGGCACUGCCACACCGAGGGCACUGGGACCUUCCUACUUUUAGGGCCACCAAAGGGCCCUGAUCCAACAGCAAUCCUGAGUCUCCCUAACGGCAAAGCAUCUUCUUGGUGCUGGGAGGGAGGUUGUGGGUGGUGAACACCCAGGGAAAGGGCUAGAGAGCUGCACCGAGAGAAAGAGGCUGCCUCCCCAUGGCAAGAGGAACCCGUGUGCCGGCAACCUGAGUCCUCUGCCGAAGGCAGCCCCAGUGACACAGACCCAUUGGGGCAGCUGCGAAAAGAACCCCAAAUGAAGGAGCAGAGCCUCUUCUGUUAACAGCAGAGGAGGAGGAAGGGCAGAGACGGGGCCCUCUGGGUGCCCUCGGGGGGAAUGAAGGGCUAUGAACGCCGAGAUCCUAUUUGUAACAUUGAUUGUGUCCCGUUUCUCUUGAGAAAUCACUUUUCUAACACAGACUGAUACUUUUUGUAAAACCAGAUGAUAAAUGCUUUUGUACAAAAAUAACAGGUUUGUACAGAUUGUGCAGACUAUAAAUGCUUUUGUACAAAAAUGGGAGUGAGUGUGAGCAAGAAAACAUUGCUCACAGGGCGCACUUUGCAAUACAAACACACCAAAAAGUCCAGUUCUCGCAGCAGACCAUGUGAAUAUGCUGGGGGUGGGGGGCAGAGGGCAGAGUACGGAAAACACCCCCACUGCCCCUGCCCCGUUGAGACGGGUGAAGACACCAGGCUGCCCCCCAACGCACCAGACCAUCUGCCUGCAACGCCACAGUACUGUUGGGCUGCAGCCUUGUGGGGCAAAGGGCUUCAUAAGGAGGGGCUCCCCGCCUCUGCCUUCUCCAAGGAGCUGGGGGGCCAGUUACACCCUCAGGCUUGGCAGACCAAUUGUGCCUCUGUGCAGGCGCGCCCACUUUCUCCCUUGUAGGCAAAACCUGGUCUUCCUCCCAGAAUUCAUGAAGAGUUCAUUCUUCCUGAAUCUGGCCAGAAGUGAUCCAGAACAGCCCUUCUGUGCCGUUCUUGGGAUCUAGCAGCCCAAGGCCUGGAAACUCCCUGGUGGAUGCAGAGUACUCUGUGGGGAUGAGGCUUUACCCCGAUGCCAGCUGGGACGAGGACAGGUGCAGGUAGCAGCAAAAGGGCAGCAGACAAAAAGGCCAUGCAACGGUUCUGCAGGGAACCACAGAGAACUGAGGAAGCCUGGCUGUCAGUGGCCAAAGACAAUUCCCGAUCCGGGCCGCACACUUCCCAGGCGGCCCUGGA